AUGGCCACGCCUGAUCUUCGCCAAACAUCGAAGAAUGACUUUGACACUCCCUUCGUCUUGUUGCCCCUUAAGAAUGCCGGACUUGCACAUCUCCUGGUUGAUCUAUGGUCACAAUUAACAAUAACUUGUCCUAGUGCUGGCGAAUCCUAUACGCGACCUCCGCUACUGUGCACAUCGCUCAUCAAAAAGAAUACCAUCAACUUCGCAGAUUGGGAAUCCAACCCAUUCCGUGAAAGCUGGAUCACCGACCAAAACCAACGUUUUCUUCUCGCGUUCAAAUCUUCGUGGAAACCCGGAUAUCUGGUGCUACGACCCAACCUCCUGUCAUUAUAUAAGGAUGUAGAAGAAGCAGAGCUUCAAUUGUCAAUCGACCUAUCUGAUGUCACGGCUGUUGCUUUGGUGAAGGCCGCCAAAUCCAAACGCCAACAUGUCUUCGGAAUAUUCUCCCCUUCGAAAAAUUAUCGCUUCCAAGCCGUAUCAGAGGUUGACGCGGAGAGCUGGGUUGAUCGCAUACGCAACGAGAGCUGCUCGGAUGACGCAGACUCACUUGGAGGAUAUGACAUUACGGAGAAUAAGAAAGCGAGAGACGCUGUUGAGAGCAUGAGCGAGACCGAUUGUGACGGCCAUAAAACGACUCAACAUCGUGCCCCAUCCAUCCGGUCCGGCAAUCAGCAGGCACAACAGCUUUCGCAAGACUACUCCGGGAACGAAAUAGCAUCCUGUUCUGAUUUCUCUGAUGCCAUUGGCAGCAUCACACCACGCCGUUCCACAGUGUCUUUACCACCCCAUGAUCGAAAUUCUCUAUCAUCCUCAUCGCCUCCGGAUCACCACCCAUCCCUGCCACGGAACACAAGCCAAUUCAUCGAUGGCGCUCUCGGGAACCUUGAUCCAGAACGAGUCAUCUGCCACGGCUACCUCCUCUGCCUAAAAAGCAAGAAGGGAGUCCGGCAGUGGAAGAAGCUUUGGGUGGUCCUUCGACCGCAGAAUAUUUGUUUUUAUAAAGAUGAGCAAGAAUACGCCGCUGUCAAAAUCAUUCCAAUGCUGCAAGUUAUCAACGCUGCGGAAAUCGACCCAAUUUCCCGAUCGAAGAAGUUUUGCCUCCAGAUAAUCGCGGAGGACAAGACAUAUCGAUUCUGUGCGCUGGACGAGGAAGCCCUUGCGAAAUGGCUGGGUGCACUCAAGAGCCUGCUAGUUAAACGCCACGGCAGCACGUCGAGACACACAGCUGGACCUGCUAUCGCUGGACCGUCCUGA